AUGGUUCAUCAAUUGUGCGAUAAUUCUUUAACAAGUUCAACAGUCUCAAUCAAAAAAGGAAAAUUUCCAUUAAAUUAUGUGAUUAGAAGAUUUGAUAAAGCUUUUGAACAGGUUGCUGAAGAUCCACCAUCAGCAGAUUUGUUAACAUCAGUAUUACAACAGCAACUUUCUCGUGAUCAAAAGUAUCCAGUUAUUUAUCUGAAAUACUGGCAAAAAACAACAAUCAUACUAUUAUCAAAUGUCCAGGGAAAAAUAAAAAUUUGUAAAGGUGGACUUGGGAACUCGUUGAAAUAUUUAGUUGAAGAAAAAGAACAAUCAGAAGAAUCUUCAAUGUAUGUAUUACUUAAUACAACAAAUUAUGAUUAUAGUCAAGUUAAAGUUAAAAUGGAUAUUACAGUUGUACAUCGUCAACGACUUGUUUAA